AUGGCAGAUCGCCCGCAUCGCGCGGUCAUAAUCUACGGCGACGGGUUGCUCAUCGACGGCCCGCCUCCGGCGUCGCUUUCAGCGGAGCCCGCGUCUGCCGCGCAGCGAACGCGAACGCCUCUGGAGACGGUCGACGCGCCCGCGCUGCACCGCGUGGCGGCUGACGGCGUUAACCCCAAACCUCACGCGGCCACCCAUCAGCAGGACACUUCGACCACCACACAACCCAGCAGCGACCCCACCACAGCUGCUGCUCCCUCCGCUCCUCACAUCUCAUGGGAAACCAAUCCCACACCUUUGUCUGAACGAUUCAUGGGCAUGGAGGCGGCGUUCGUCUCCUCCUCCCCAGUCUCGCUUGCCCUUGCCCGCACCGCUGGCUUCCGCACUACCCGCCUCAACCGCGCUGCACUCUCCUCCACCUCCCGCAACCUCCUCGUCACCGGUGAAUCCGACGACCCCUCUUGCACUUCAGCAGCAGAAGGUAACACAGAAGCAGGAGGAGACAAAGCAGCUGGGGCAGCAGUAGCAGCAGCGACAGCAGGAGCAGUGCCCGACCCAUCAGUGCUGGCAGCGCGGAUAGUGGCGGCGCUAGGCCUGCACAGGGAAGAGGUGCCAGGCCCUCCCCCCAGCGCUGCGGAGAGGGAGGCAGGCGAGGUGGACCUGCUGCUGCUGCACGUGCGCCCUUCUGACGUCGCCUCAUGGGGCCCCAGCGCUGGGGAGAAGAGCACUGGUGGUUUGCCAGCAGCUGCAGGAGAAGCAGGAGUGGGAGUGGCAGGCGCAGGAGGUGCGGUGACAGGUGCAGGCAGGGGCGAGGGUGGCGCUAUGGAAGGGCAGGUGUGGGGGCAGGCAGCGCGGGCGAUUCGAUGGGUGGACUCUCUGGUUGCGGAGCUGCUGAGAUGGCGGGAUGGCAAGGCAGGCAGGGGGGAGAAAGGCGAGGGAGAGGAGGGGAGUGGUGGGGAGGGAGCAGCAGUGGCCAGCGAUGGGCCGUCCUCCUUGCCCCUGCGGGCACAGAACCACCUGUACCUUGCUGUGGUGCUGGGAUAUGGGGACCAGGGCAACCAGCAGGUGCCUCCUCCUGCUGCUGCUGCUGCUCCAGAGCAGUCAACCGAGGUGCCCUGGUCGCCGGUUCCCCUGCGCUCCCUUCCGAAUCUCGCACCGCCAGCCUCUGCUGCUGCUGCUUCUCCAGCUGCUGGUGCUGCCUCUGCGGAUGGCUCUGUGGCGUGUUUGGCGCGCGUGCCCUUUGUGCCACGGCAGAGCUAUGAGCUGAGGGGAGACGAGCCCGUGGAGGCUAUUCGGCGCCACCACCCUCUGCUGGUGACCCGCCAUCUGCCUGCUGUCACACGCUGCGAUGAGGCGACGCACUUCGGCAUGCAAGAGUGCAUACAGAAUGGUGGAGACCGGGCCAUCUUGGCAGAUCGCUUCAUAUACGAGAUUGCGUUCAAGCUGUGGAGAUCCGGCAAAAUGAGCACGAAAGAAGGCGAUCGGCCGAGACCCGGCGACAGACUAGGCACGGAGCGGUUCGACGCAGAGAGCGGCGCGUCGGGGAGCGGAGCGGGCGAGAACGGCGGGGCGAUCCGCGUGGUGGUGGUGGGGAACAAAGGCACGGGCAAGACGUCGUUGAUCAUCUCAUGUCUCACAGAGGCCUUUCCGGAGGAGCCCGUGCCCGUGCUGCCGCCGACUCGCUACCUCGCCGACUCUUUUUCCGAUAAAAUCCCUCUUCUGAUCGUCGACACGUCAUCAAGGCGGGAGGAGCGGGGCGCGGUGGAGGCGGAGCUACGGGCGGCGGACACGGUGGUGAUAACGUUCGCGUGCGACGACCAGGCGUCGCUCAACUCCGUCUCCUCCUACUGGCUGCCGCUGCUCAGACAACUACAGGUGCCAGUGCCAGUCGUGGUGGUGGGCUGCAAGCUCGAUCUUCGAGACGCGCCAGGCGCAGCGGCGGUGGGGGGAGCCGAGGGGGCGGCAGUAGGGGCGGGGGGCGCGGGCGGGGGGGUGGCGCAGCAGCCGCUGGACGUGCUGGUUGCGCCGAUCAUGGACGAGUUCAAAGAGGUUGAGACGUGCCUCGAAUGCUCCGCGCUGCGCCGCGUGCAGGUGGCGGAGGUGUUUUUCUUUGCACAGCGGGCGGUGCUGCAUCCCACGGGGCCGCUGUUUGACCGGCAGACGCAGGCGCUGCGGCCGGCGUGUGUGCGAGCGCUCAUGCGCAUCUUCAUGCUCUGCGAUGUUGAUGGUGACGGCGUUCUCUCUGACACCGAGCUCAACGCCUUCCAGGUGGAGUGUUUCUCGGUGCCGUUACAGCCGGCGGAGCUGGUGGGGGUGAAGCGAGUGGUGGCGGAGAAGAUGGUGGAUGGCGUGGCGGGCAACGGGCUCACGCUCACUGGCUUCCUCUUCCUGCAUGCGCUCUUCAUUGAGCGCGGCCGCCUCGAGACCACCUGGACCGUGCUGCGCAAGUUCGGGUACUCGUCGUCCCUGCACCUGCGCGAGGAGAUCACUCGGCUGCCGUCACAGCCGCUGCCCGACCAGAGUGUGGAGCUGUCCAGCAAGGCGCUGGAGUUUGUGUGUGCGCGCUUCAGAGCGUUCGACAAUGACCAGGAUGGGGCCCUCAACACGAGUGAGCUUAACAACCUCUUCAGCACCGCACCCAACAGUCCAUGGGAGGAGCCGCCUUACCUGGGAGCGGCAGAGACAUCACCAUCGGGAGCGCUCACCUUCAGCGGCUACCUUUCCCUGUGGUCGCUCAUGGCGUUGCUGCACCCGGAGAGGGCAAUAGAGUACCUGCUCUACCUGGGCUUCCCCUCCGACCUCGCUCCGUCUGCCCUCACCUUCACGCGGCGGCGCCGCAGCGACCGCAAGGCGGGCUCCUCGCAGCGCCGCGUGCUGCAGUGCUACGUGGUGGGGCCCCCGCAGGCGGGCAAGACUGCUUUGCUCAACUCGUUGCUCGGAAGACCAUUUGAGCACUCACAUAUCAAGAAUGGGGAGGACGAGCGGUUUGCUGUUAACCUCGUCUCCACUGACCCGCAAGCCCACUCCGCCUCCUCCUCCUCGUCCGCUUCUUCUGCCUCUUCCUCCUCCACCACCACCACCUCCUCCUCCCUCUCCUCAAAUCGCGAUCCCGGCAGUAUAGCGAGCCAGGAUCUGAGUGCGCUGGCCAGCAGCAGCACGGUGCUGGUGCUGAGGGAGGUGCAUCCAGACGCCCUACCUCGCCUCCUCGCUCGCCCUGACUGGCUUGCCGCCUGCGACGUGGCUGCCUUUGUAUAUGACAGCUCGUCGCAGGGCAGUUGGGAGAAGGCGGUGGGCAUGCUGCAGGAGGUGGCGGGGCGGGCAGAGGCCACGGAGAGCGAGAUGCCCGCUGUGCUCGUGGCCGCUAAGAAUGACCUUGAGCCGCACCCCGCCAUCUUCACCCAGUCCGCACAGCUGUGCACGGAGAUGGGGGUGGCAGCGCCAGUCCCCGUCUCCUCACUUCUCCACGACGUCAACGAGCUGUGGACGCGACUCACCGACGCUGCCAGGAAGCCGCACGUGGGCAUCCCCGAGACCUCCGCCUCGCGCUCCUCCAAAGCCCUGCGCAAGCGCCUGCUCUACCGCUCUGUUUCGGUGGCUCUCGUGGGCACAGCAGUGGCAGUGGUGCUGGUGGUGGGCUUUCGGAUAUAUGCCGCGCGUCGCUCCUCCUCAACGUAG